GCUUGAGUGUGACCUCCAGAAUGAAUGUCUUGUUCACCUGAAGUCAGACUUUGACUGAAUUGAACUACCCCUUGUUGUUGUUCUUUUUUGCUGUUGUUUUUCUUUUUUGUUUGUUUGUUUGUUUGUUUUUGUUUGUUUUAUUUUGUUUUCCAGACAGGGUUUCUCUAGGUAGCCUUAGCUGUCCUGGAACUCACUCUGUAGACCAGACUGGCCUCAAACUCAGAGAUCCGCCUGCCUCUGUCUCCCAAGUGCUGGGAUUAAAGGCGUCCACCACCAUGCCCGGCGAGCUGUUGUUUUUCAAGACAGGGUUUCUCUGUGCAGUCCCAGGUGUCCUGGAACUUGCUCUGUAGACCAGGCUGACCUCAAACUCAACUGCCUCUGCUUUAAACUACCUCUUUUAUCUGCUAGCCCUACCCUGGAGUACUGGUUAAAAACAGUAGUGGCCUCAUGCCUCUUCAGACUCAGGAAGUUCGGAAGGGACCUUAACAAAUCUGUAUUUUAAAAGGCUAUUUAGGAACUGGAGAGAUGUUUGUCAAUAAGAACUUGCUGCCCUAUCAUCAGAAAUCAAGUUCAAAUCUCAACACCGACAUCCAGCAGUUCACAAAUGCCUGCAACUCGAGGUUCAAAAUAGCUGAGCUUCAAAAAGCAGGCAUAUGCUACAUACAUGUCAACACUACAAGUAAGUCUAUAAUAACAAAAAUUGUAUUCAAGCCAAGUGUAGUGGUGCAUGCCUUUAAUCUCAGCAUGCUUUUAACUCCGUGAGUUCCAGGACAGCCUGAUCUACAUAGCGAGUUCUAAGACAACCAGGACUACCUAGAGAGAUUGUCUCAAAAAACAAAAUGAAACCAAAACGGCAAAACAAAAUAAAAUACAACAACAACAACAAAAAUCAAGACAAACAGAAAAAUCCACAAAGCUCUCCACAAAGCUGUCUUCGAACCAUCAUGCUACCUCACUAAGCUGGUAGAGCACAUGACACUUCAUGGGGAAAUGAGCAUUCUCUCCUUGAUUUUUUUAUUUCGUUUUUAUUUUUGUUUGUUUCACUAUAAACUCAGGCUGGUCUGAACUUGCUAUGUAGACCAGGCUGGCCUCAAACUCACAGAGAUGUCUCUGCUGCCAGAGUGAUGGGAUUACAGGCAUGGACCAAAGCGUCUGGCUCAUUCCUCGUUCUCCGUGUUAAGUCUACAAGUAGUCAAGCUCCCAGAGUUGGAAUCAGGACUUCAACCUUUCACUCGCUUCCAAACCACAACCGGUGACCCUGUCGCCAUCACUUUUCCUUGUUCUGAUAUGUCUGAAGUCCUUAUCCACGCAGAUUUAGCCAAUCCCUUCCCACUCAGUCUACAACUGAAUCCACCCGCAGCACAGAGCCAGCAGGGGUAACGGGUGGGGCUCGGGAUGAAGGAGAGGAAGGAAUCUGCCAGUCUCUGGGUUCCCAGUGCUGCCUUAAGAGCCACCGCCCACUCUGUGACUCGCUCAACCGGGUCCUCCCAGCAACCGGUGCCACGGAAAGGCCAGGCUGGAGUUCCGAGGGUGUGGCCAAUCCAUAGCCACAGCCAAUCACACAGGGUCCUCUAGUGAAGCUGUUAGUUGACAACGUGAACGACCCGAAACUUCUGGGGACCCAGCCUAGAACGCGACGCUCGCACGGCGAGUCUCGAGUCGGCGCGGAGGACGGAGCGGACCCGGGAAGCGUCUAGAGGAGGCCAGGGUGAGACCGGGUCCCCAGAGGAGCCCUCGGAAAGCUCGGGAAUGGAGCCGCCGCAGGUCCCGGCGGAGGCGCCCCAACCCAGGGCCUCCGAAGACAGCCCGAGGCCGGAGCGGACCGGGUGGGAGGAGCCGGACGCGCAGCCCCAGGAGCUCCCGGAGAAGUCUCCGUCUCCAGCCCUGUCCGGUUCCCCUCGCGUACCGCCGCUCAGUCUGGGCUACGGCGCCUUCCGCCGCCUGGGCUCGUGCAGCCGCGAGCUGCCGUCUCCGAGCCCCUCGUGGGCCGAGCAGCCCCGGGAUGGAGAGGCGGAGCUGGAGCCCUGGACGGCGUCAGGAGAGCCCGCACCCGCGUCCUGGGCGCCCGUGGAGCUGCAGGUGGACGUGCGCGUGAAGCCCGUGGGCGCGGCUGGGGCUAGUCGCGCGCCCUCGCCUGCGCCGUCCACGCGCUUUCUCACCGUGCCAGUGCCCGAAUCGCCAGCCUUCGCCCGCCGCUCCGCUCCCACGCUCCAGUGGCUGCCCCGCGCCCCGUCACCAGGCUCCACGUGGAGCCGAGGAUCGCCGCUUGCCGCGAACGCCACCGAGUCUGUCAGCCCCGCUGAGGGUUGCAUGGUCCCCCCGGGCUCGCCCGCCUGCCGCUGCCGCUGCCGCGAGCCCGGACUGACCAAAGAAGAUGACGCGCUGCUGCAGCGCGCAGGCAUAGAUGGCAAGAAACUGCCGCGGGCCAUCACGCUCAUAGGGCUGCCCCAGUACAUGAAGUCUCUGCGCUGGGCUCUGGUGGUCAUGGCUGUGCUGCUGGCUGUCUGCACUGUAGCUGUUGUGGCCCUGGCCUCUAGAGGAGGAACCAAGUGCCAACCAUGCCCUCAAGGCUGGAUGUGGUCUCAGGAACAAUGCUACUACCUCUCUGAAGAAGCCCAAGACUGGGAGGGCAGCCAGGCAUUCUGCUCAGCCCAUCAUGCCACACUGCCUCUGCUGAGCCACACCCAGGACUUCUUAAGAAAAUACCGGAUCACCAAGGGCUCCUGGGUGGGGGCCCGACGAGGCCCUGAAGGCUGGCACUGGACUGAUGGGGUCCCUUUGCCAUCCCAACUGUUCUCACUAUGUCGAUCUGGCUAUCCUGGAACUGUGUAGACCUCACAGAGACCUUUCUGAGGGUUGGGAUUCAAGGCCUAUGGCACUACCAGACUUCGCAUGAGUUUCUUACGAUCACUUCUAAGACCUUCCAGCAAACAUCCAUCACUUUUUUGGUAGUGUUGAUUUCAGGACUCAGUCCCCAGCUGCUCUCAGCUUCAAAGCUAAGAACUAUCAGCUUGGAGCUCCUCUGCCUGCGUCACAAGCUUUGUAAUCAUGUGUGAACAUUGACAAGCAUACCUGGAUGUCAAGCUUAGAUUCUUAGAGGAAGAAAGUGACCAUGUGGGAUGUGGUUAGUGCUAAAAACAAAAUAUUUUAGCCUCACUUAGAAUAGCAGGUAAAGCUUCCAGUCCAUCAUUUUGAGUAGCUACUGCUUGACAAACCAAGAAAUAACAGCAGGAAUAUAAUUUUACAAUAUGAAGCCAAUUACUUUAAAGCAGAAACUAGAAUGGUUAUCUUGGGAAUGAAGAAAAUUAUUUCUCAGGGAGGAACAGUAGAGGACAUUCUAAGAUGUCUUAACCGGGCUGAGUAGUAAGUAUAUACAAAUCAAGCUACACUCUUAACUGCACACAAAUGGUUUCCAAAAUCUUAAGCUGCUCCCUUUUAGAAACAGAACUGAAAUUACAGGGUGUGAUGGUUUGUAUAUGCUUAGCCCAGGGAGUGGCACUAUUAGGUGUGGCCUUGUUGGGGUACAUGUGCCACUGUGGACAUGGGCUUUAAGACCCUUGUCCUAGCUCUCAGGAAGCCAGUCUUUUACUAGCAGCCUUCAGAUGAAGAUGUAGAACUCUCAGCUCUUCUUACACCAGGCCUGCCUGGAUGGUGCCAUGCUCGUGCCUUGAUGAUAAUGGACUGAACCUCUGAACCUGUAAGGCAGCUCCAAUAAAAUGUUUUCCUUAUAAGAGUUGCCUUGGUCAUGGUGUCUGUUCACAGCAGUAAAACCCUAACUAAGACAGAAGUUGGUUAGGUCCAGGGACUGAGGUAUUGUGAUAGGCCUGGCCAUGCCUUUGUUUAGAAAAAUGUGGAUUUAGGGACUUUGGACUGGAAAGCAGUGGAAUGCUUUAAGUGUGGCUUAAUGGGUCAUUCUAGUAGGAAUAUGGAAGACUCUGUUGCUAAGAGUGAUUAGAACUGUGCAGACCUGGAGCAAGAGGUUUUCAGUGGAAAGUUUCAGUUUAUGGCAUAAAGACUGUUUUUGUGGUAUUUUGAUGAAGAAUGUGACUGCUUUUUGACCUUGUCUGAAGAGUCUAACUGAGGCUAAGGUAAAGAGACUUAUACUAAUUGCAUUGACAAAGGAAGUCUCAAGAAAGUCCAAUAGAGACUUUGUACUCUGGUUUAGCUUUAUGAAGAGCAUUUUAAUGAAAAGGAACAAGGUGAGAAAGAAAAAAUACAAAAUAUAUGGUUCAAGUAUUAAAGGGACACCAGGAAGUAGAAUGGAAGAGAGUGGGACUUUGAGGCAAGAUCCCACCCAGCUAAGUUUAGGUCAAUGUAUGGUGAUACACACCUUUAAUUCAAGGAAACAUAGCCAAGCAGAUCUCUAAAUUUAAGGCCAGCCUGGGACAAAGCAAAUUCUAGGUGAUGAAAAACUUAAAUCCAGGCACGGUGGUACACACCUUUAAUCCCAAGAGACAGAGGCAAGGAGAUCUUGGAGUUCAAGGCCUGUCUGGUACAGAGAAAUUUCCAAGUAGAGAAAAGCUUAAAUCCAGGCAUGAUGAACCACACCUUUAAUCCCACCUGUUAGGAAACAGGUAUGUGGAUCACUGAGUUCAAAGUCAAUCUGGAGAACAAGUUCCAGAAUAACCAAGCUUAGGCAGAGUAAAGGCACUGAAAAGAGAACGCUGGUGAGAACAGAAUAGGGGCCAUGUUCCAGCGCCAGCAGAACUCUGCAGCUGCUGCAGCCAUGUGGCUCUGGCUCUAGAGUCAAGAAUAGAUGAGACUACUGGGACAACGGAUGCUGGAUCGCUGGAGCUAAGAAAUUACAGUGGUUAAAAACAGACCAGCAUCACUGAGGUGAAAUCUGUGAAGUGUUUUCUGAGAGCACAAAGAAUCUGUGUUUCAGAGAUAGUCAAGGUUGUACUUCAUGCUGCAGCUGGACUUGAUCAUGUGUAAGAAUCACUCAGGUGGUACUGGUUUUGAAGGUAUUAAGGGGUCACGGAGAGCAGCUGAGGCUUGGCACUAUGAAAGGCCAUGGAAGGCCAUUGGUGAAAGUGCAGCCUCAACUGCAGUUGAUGGCCCAGGACUGAAGGGGCCAUGCAAAGAAGUUGAGGCUUGGCAACACGAAGAGGGCCUAUGAGAGGCUAUUUGUGAAGCCUCAUUGCAGCUGAAGACUCCAUGUAUUGUAGAUGCUAGUACCAUGGGAUUAUCAUAAAGGACAGCAGCAGCAGUGGAGUAGAGUAAACCAGAGCCUAGAGUGCUACAGAAGGCAGAGCUGGAGAUGAGACCCAAGCUCUUUGGAGGAGCUCAGGUCACGAACAAGAAGUUGUAACUGUUGAAGUUGCCUUAGAGACCCCAAGAUGCCAGACCUGUGUGAUGUCUGCUACUAACAGGAAGUGAGUGGAACCAAUCCAGGAGAAUGAAGUUUGUUACAAGUCAACAAAGAUGAAGAAGUUGGAGAUCUGAAGACCGCUCUGACAUCAGACAUGGAGAUGCAAGAGUUUGCCCAGCUGUUUUCUUGACUUGCUUUGAUGAUUACAGUUAAGUAACUAGAUGAAUCUCAGAAGACACUUGGAACUUCGGACUAUUACCAUGAUUAAGACUGCUGAAGACGACUGGGACUUUGGAAGUUGAACUAAAUAUACCUAUGGUGAAAGAUCCUGACAGAAUGGAAAAGGUCACAGAAGCCCUGAAAUUGGCAAAAUAGAUUUCAUUGUUAGCAGAACUAGCUUCACUAAUUUAGAAAAAUAGAGGUGCUUUGGCCGCUCCUUGAACCCGUGUGUCUGCCAGUGUUUUGACCGUUUCUUGAACCCAUGUGUGUGCCCACUGAUGAAGCCCACUGCCAGGUGUUUGUGAUAUUGGUUGCUGAGGAAGAGCCGGGGCCAAUCCGGAAUUGCUGCACCUGCACCAGACUCUUUCCUUGAACCCCUCCCAUACCCAUUUCUUGAGAAUAGAUAUUUAGAUCGGGAAAUCCCCUACUCCCUCCUCCUUCCCCCCCCCCCCCGGAGGGCCUAUAAAAACUGUGACCCCUUUCCCCUCGGGGUUGACUCCUCUACCCCUGCGUGGGAUAUGAGUCAUCCCCAAAGCUCUGGCUUUCUCCGAAUAAAGCCUCAUGUGGUUUGCAUUGGUCUCUCGUGAGUUCUUGGGGGUCCGCUAUUAUCCCGAGACUUGAGUGAGGGUUUCCCUUCGGAGGUCUUUCCACGAGAAAGGUAUGAGCCCCAUAGACUUAUGUGUUUAAACACACCUACAGGGGCAGGAAGUGAAAUGUGAUGGUUUGAAUAAACUUGGGCCAGGGAGUGGCACUAUUAGGAGGUAUGGCCUUCUUGUGUGUCACUGUGGGGAUGGGCUUUAAUACCCUCAUCCUAACUGUUUGGAAGCCAGUCUUCUCCUGUUUGCCUUCGGGACAAAAUGUUGAACUCUCAGCUCCUCCUGCUUAGUGCCUGCCCGGGUGCUGCCAUGCUCCUGCCUUGAUGAUAAUAGACUGAAUCUCUGAACCUGUAAGCCAGUCCCAAUUAAAUGUUGUCCUUAAAAGAGUUGCCUUAGUCACGGUAUCUGUUCACAGAUGGGGAUGGGUCUGUUGGGUACUGCUCUGCUGUUGCUAUAUUCUGCACCCCAAGAUCUGGUUGACCAAAGAUGAGAAAAUUCACUGGAACAGGCAACAACUUGCUCCUCACAGGCAGACACAACAGACCUAUCCGAUCCAUCUCCUCUCCUGGCAGUUUCUUGGCUCCACAUGCCUCCCUGAACCACUGUGUCUAGGCAAGAACUAGGCAGUCAAACCCCUCUCCUGGGUGCCCACUGCAAUGAGUGAAGUCUUCGAGCAGCAUGCAUCCUGCCAACCACAGGACAGGCCCAUGCUCCGAGCAACCAGUACUGCAGGCAUGGAAGUGGACUCAUGCCACUUUUCCAGUAGAAGAAAAGCCAUAACAGGCCACAUGUAGGAGACAGAAGACAGCACCUGCUCAUGAUCACAGAAGCUGCACUUCUUUUUCCUACAAUCAACCCCACUCAGUUCUUUGCAGCAUGAAAUCCCAUCGCCUUCCUUGUUACCUAAAGAAUGGCCUAUCAUAGUAAUUUAUUUGAAAGACUGCUUUUCACAAUUCCUUUGCAAGAACAAGACAGAUUUACUUUCCAGGGCCAGUAUUUAACCACUCAAUGCCAACUAAAAGGUACCAGUGAAAAGUUUUGCCACAAAGAAUGUUGAAUAGUCCUACCUUGUGCCAAUUUCGUACAAUAGCCAAUGGAAAUAAUUCAUGAGCAAUUUCUUCAGUCCUUUAAUUUACAAUUAUAUGGAUGAUAUUUUGCUGUCAGAUUCAAAUGGAGAUACCUUAGGAAAAAGUGUUUUAAUGAAGCAAAGAAACUUUUACCUAAUUUGGGAUUACAAAUUACUCCUGAAAAAAUACAAAGAGGAGACUGUAUUAAUUAUCUAGAAUAUAAGUCUACAGGUAAUUCUACCACAAAAAGUACAAAUCAGAAAAGACCAAUUAAGAACUCUUAAUGAUUUUUAAAAAUUACUGGGUGAUAAUAACUGGCUAUGGCCUACAAUUGGUUUGACUACUAAAGAGCUAAAUAAUUUAUUUCAAACUUUACAAGGUGAUAAAGAAUUAAAUGGCACAAGAAGGUUAUCAGCUUCAGUUGAUAAGUGGCUCUGGUAGAAAAUAAACUACAAAAUGCCCAUAUAGACUGUAUAAAUCCAAAGAUGGCCUCUAUGCUCGUUACCUGGUCAUAUUCUCAUUCUGCCACAAAAAUUAUUGUGCAGAGGGAAGAGUACGUCUUAUCCAUUUAUCAAAAUGGAUAAAAAUAUCCAUAUUUAGCACACAGAGUAAAAAAUUAUAGACCUAUAUAGAAAAGGUAUCUAAACUAAUUCCAAACUAAAAGGAAAAAUGAGAUUUCAUCAGUGAGCAGAAAUAGACCCAGCAGAAAUUGUGGUACCUCUUAUUAAUGCUGAGACUGCCUCAUUAAAAUGAAUAUUAGUAAAGAGUUUGCAGUACUGUUCUGGGAAGAAAUUAACAAGAACCCAAAAGCAAGCAACUUCAGAUUUAAAAAGAACUGAUCAGAUUCUCCCUCAUAUAAUAAAAGGACACCAAUUUCUGGAGUCCCUACAUUUUAUGCUGAUGCAAAUAAAUCGGGAAAGGCAGGAUAUAAAUCAGAAAAUGUAAGUAAGGGAGAGUCCAUAUGAUUGUUUAAAUAUCAGAAUUAUAUGCAAUUAUGGUAUUAGAUUUUAAAGAAUCUCUUAACUUAGUGACUGACUAUAUGUAGAGUACUGUUUUGCAUAUAAAAAGUGGUGAAUUUAUUCAGGAUGAUUCUGAAUUGAUUUCACUAUUCAACUACAAGUGAUCAAAAAUAGUACUCAUUCAUUGUAUAUAACACAUAUCAGAUCUCAUUAGAGUCUUCUAGAACAAGGUGAUGAUGAAAUCGAUCAGCUUUUGAUAGGAAGUAUGCUAGAGGCUUCCGAAUUUCAUAAAAACAUCAUGUUAACAGCAAAGGUUUAAAGAAAGAAUCUUCUAUCAUGUGGCAACAAGCCAAAGAAAUUGUAAAGAAAUGUCUUAUUUGUUCUUUAUAUAACCAUACUCUAUUACCUGCAGGAAGAAACCCUAAAGGUACCCAAAGAAAUAAAAUUUGGCAAGUGGAUGUUUCA